GCAAUCUUGCCGGCAUUUGUGUACUCCUUGAAGGUGUCUCCACUCAUAGAAAAAAUAAGUGACCACAAGGAUUUUAAGAAGCUUCUCAGGACACGGAAUAACGUACUAGUGCUGUAUUCAAAAUCUGCUGCUGCUGCGGAAAGCUCACUCAGGUUACUGUCCAGCGUGGCCCAGGAGGUGAAAGGACGAGGUACUAUAAGCUGGAUAGACUGUGGUGAUACUGAGAGCCGCAAGUUAUGCAAGAAGGUGAAAGUAGAUCCUAAUUCAAAGGAGAAAGGAGUGGAAUUACUCCAUUACAAGGACGGUGCAUUUCAUACUGAAUAUAACAGAGCAGUCACAGUGAAGUCUCUGGUGGCCUUUCUCAAGGAUCCAGAAGGUGCUCCACUGUGGGAGGAAGAUCCCGAAGCCAAAGAUGUUGUGCAUGUUGACAGUGAAAAGGAAUUGAGAAGGCUUCUGAAGAAGGAAGACAAACCCCUUCUGAUGAUGUUCUAUGCCCCAUGGUGUGGUGUUUGUAAGAGAAUGAUGCCAUCUUAUCAGCAGGCAGCCACCGAACUGAAGGGUAAAUAUGUUCUUGCGGGGAUGAAUGUUUACUCUGCUGAAUUUGAAAGGAUAAAGGAAGAAUACAAUGUCCGGGGAUAUCCUACAAUCUGCUAUUUUGAGAAAGGAAAGUUCCUGUUCCACUUUGAGAAUUAUGGUGCUACUGCAGCAGAUAUAGCAGAGUGGCUGAAAAA